AUGAGUUUGAUUCUGGCAGAAGCAAAGUGGCAAUGUGGGUCAAGAAUUAACCCACAGGGAUGCCAGGAUAACAACUCCUGAGACAUGUCUCUAAAUUACAUCAAAAACUUCUAUGAAGGAUGUGUGAAGCCUCCAACUGUGAUUGGUCAAUUCCACACCCUAUUCUUUGGAUCAGUAAGAAUGUUCUUCCUUGGUGUGUUAGGCUUUGCGGUCUAUGGGAAUGAGGCUUUGCACUUCAGUUGUGAUCCAGACAAAAGAGAAAUAAACCUCUUCUGUUAUAAUCAGUUCAGGCCAAUCACUCCACAGGUGUUCUGGGCGUUACAACUAGUGAUUGUCCUGGUUCCUGGCGCUAUUUUCCAUCUUUAUGCUGCAUGUAAAAGCAUCAAUCAAGAAUGCAUUCUUCAAAAGCCUGUCUACACUGUGAUUUAUAUCCUCUCUGUUUUAUUAAGAAUUAGUCUAGAGGUGAUAGCAUUUUGGCUUCAGAUUCACCUCUUUGGUUUCCAAGUUAAACCUCUCUACUUGUGUGAUGCUGGAUCUUUUGGGGAAAAAUUUACUAUUAUAAAAUGCAUGGUGCCAGAACACUUUGAGAAGACCAUUUUUCUCAUUGCAAUGUAUACAUUUACUGUAAUUACAGUAGUAUUAUGUGUUGCUGAAAUUUUUGAAAUCAUAUUUAGAAGAUUAUGCUUUCUAAUUAGGCAAUGACCAAAAGGUUGACUACCUGCCGAUAUGCCACAAUUCUUUAUCAGUCAUGUUCAUUCAGUUUCAUCUUAUUCACUGACUAUCUCAAUUUCACACAUAAAUAUCUAUUCUUUAAACUUAUCUCAGUGUGUCUAAACUUUAUGUCUAAUAUAAAAUAGAAUACUAAGUUCCAAGGCAAGUAUUCUUGAACAAACAUUUCAUUCUAUUUUAAUUUUGUCACAUACUAGAAAAUAUAUACAGAACUAAUGUUAAUUCUUUUUAAAAUAGAACUUGUAUAGAGUUCUCACACAUAUAACAUCUUAAUCACAGUAUUUUGUGGCCAGAGAAGUUUUAUUAUCUCUUCUACAGAGUGGAAAAUUGCAUCUUAGGGGGGUUAAUAUGUAUGCCCAAAGUCAUACAACCACAUUAGAAUUAAGAUCCCAUAAAUAUAAAGGCUGAACACUUUCAGCUAAACUUUGAGGGUGUAAUUAUAUUUGCAUUCAUAUAAAUAUAACU